GUCAGGAGGUAUUUUGUUUCAUGGCGCCAGCAAACCCCCCCAACCGAGGCCUCUCCGCUGCUGAGCUCGGGAAACGGCAAUGUCUCAACAGGCGCAAUUGAUAUUCCCCGUGAAGAGGCAGGGCAGAUUGGGCAGCCGGAAGAUGGCCAAACCAAGGAUAACUCUCCGGAUGCACAGAAACAGCUUGUGUUAAUCAUCCCUGCUGUAUCAGUCGGUGUAUUCCUUGCUGCAGCGGAUCAGACAAUUAUUAUGGCUAGCUAUGGGCAAAUUGGAAGUGAUCUGAAAGCUUUGAACCUUACAAGCUGGAUUGCCACCUCGUACUUCUUGACCUUAACCUCCUUCCAGCCAUUGUACGGCAAGCUGAGUGAUAUCUUUGGCCGGAAAGCAUGCCUCCUUUCUGCUUAUGCCAUCUUUGGCACGGGAUGUCUUUUCUGCGGACUAGCGCAAAACAUCUAUCACCUCAUCGCAGCACGGGUUUUCCAAGGCAUUGGAGGAGGUGGCAUGACGACGGUUGUCAGUAUUCUGAUGAGUGAUAUUGUUCCCCUCCGUGAUCGAGGCAUGUGGCAAGGUAUUAUCAAUAUCAUUUGGGCCACAGGAUCUGGGGUGGGCGCUCCCCUUGGAGGAAUUCUAGCAGACUACAUCGGCUGGCGCUGGGCGUUCCUGGCGCAAUUCCCUUUGUGUGGCUUGGCAUUCGCUCUUGUGACCUUUGUGCUCAAGCUCCCGGCGCGAGAGGACACUCAUUGGAAGGCCAAACUGCGUCGGAUAGACUUCCUUGGUGCUAUAGUGCUUGUCGGUGCUGUCCUUGGUGUUAUCCUCGGGUUGGAUCGCGGAAGUAACGAAUCUUGGACAAUGCCUUUGACAGUGAUUUCCUUAAGCGCAUCGGCUGUUCUUUUUGUGGUCUUUGUGCUGGUCGAGCGAUACCUAGCCUACGAGCCUUUCGCCCCUGGUCACAUUAUUUUCGACAGCACACUCUUUUCUCUUUACAGUUGCAACUUUUUCAGCUUCGGUGGUUGGCUCGCCGCGAUAUUCUAUAUUCCACUUUACUUUCAAGCUGUUGAUGGAGUUUCGUCAACCGGCGCUGGAUUGCGUCUCAUGCCCAGUAUCCUAGCGGGGUUCUCCGGCUCCUUGUUCGCCGGUUUGAUGAUGCGAUGGACUGGAAAGUAUUAUUGGCUCACCGUGGCUGGAUAUACCUCAGUAGUGAUUGGGACCUUCUUGGUAUAUCUUUUCUCCGGCGGUUUGAUCCGCAGUACCAUUCCCAUGGUGCUUGGAACAGUCUUCGCUGCCUUCGGAAACGGAAUUGGUGUCACUACAACACUGAUCGGACUGAUAUCCAACGCUGCUCCUGAGGAUCAGGCAGUUGUGACCGCUUGUUCGUAUCUCUUCCGCUCUCUGGGGUCCGUGAUUGGGCUCUCGUUAUCUGCGACUGUCGUGCAACAACUGCUCCGUGAUCGGCUUUUAUCCGCGCUACAUGACAGCAAGAAUAUUGAUGAAAUCGUCAGUGGUGUUCGCCAGAGUCUUGACUUCAUCAAAAAGCUAGACCCAAACGUUGCGGAGAUUGUGCGCGACUGUUAUGGCUGGUCAACCAAUAAGGGAUUCGCCUUCUCUGUCGGCAUCGUUUCUUUUGCCCUGUUUUCCAGCUUCUUCAUCCGCGAAGCCAAGCUGAGCCGCUAA